CCGGCCUCUCACGCCUCUCACUCUCUGCAGCUCAGCGCGACUCGCAGCAUCAACAAUCAUCCGCACAGGACGGAGAAGCGCAGCCUCGUUGCAUCAUGAAGCCCAUUGUUGCCGUGCCGGCGGUUGCGGCCCUUGUGUACAGGGCGUGGAGCAAGAAGUCUCUGACCCCAGCAGGCAUCGCUGCCGCCACGGCCACGGCCAUUGCGCAUGCCUAUCAUCCGUGGAAUCUGCCAUUUGUCCUCCUCGUCGUCUUCUUUUUGGCGGGCACGCGAGUCACACACGUCAAGGAAAAUGUUAAAGCUACGCUCACGCUGAGUGCAAAGGGAUCCUCCGGCGGCGAAGGCCCUCGCACGCAUGUUCAAGUCUUUGCCAAUUCGCUCGUGGCAUCUGUUUUGUCUGUUCUCCAUGCCAACCAGCUCUACGCUCGAGCUGCUGCCCUCAAAACCCCAGGUGGCCCGGAACCCAGCGGAUCAAUGUGCUUCUCGUGGGGAGGCGACCUCUUUGUCAUCGGCAUCAUCGCUAACUAUGCUGCGGUUGCGGCUGACACGUUCAGUUCGGAGCUUGGUAUUCUAUCCAAGAGUGAACCCCGCCUUAUCACAUCCCUUACGCUGCGAAAGGUGCCCCGUGGCACAAACGGCGGUGUGACGUUAUUGGGCUUGGGAGCUGGGCUGUUGGGAUCUAUCAUCAUCGUCACGGCGUCUAUGCUAUUCCUACCAAUGUGCAACGAAGAAUCAGCUGCCUGGACUCGUGGAGGUGGUAUUCCUUGGACGGCGGAAAAUAGACGGCUACUUAUGGGCUUUUUGGCCCUGUGGGGCGUUCUCGGCAGUGUCUUGGACAGUUACCUUGGUGCCAUAUUCCAGCGCUCAGUCAAAGAUGUGCGUACUGGAAAGAUUGUCGAAGGUGACGGCGGCACUCGCGUCUUGGUAUCUGGCGAGGCCGAUGGCUCCGAUAAGCUAGCUGAUAUCAAAGCCUCAUUACUGCACGGUGAGGGUAGCAAAGCUACAGAAAAGACAUGUUCAGCAGCUGUCGAUGAAUCUGAUGAGUUUGUCGAUAAAUUCGAUCCCAAGAACAAGCAUAGGAAGUCUAGCUUCGGAGAUGAGAAGCCUUCUCGCAUAGUUGAAAAUGGCUGGGAUCUACUUGACAACAACGACGUCAAUUUUCUCAUGGCUGUCACCAUGAGCGUUAGUGCGAUGGCGGUGGCAAGUUGGUACUGGGGAGUUCCUUGGCAAAGUAUGCUAACUCCUUGAGGUGGAGGCAUUAGAGAUGUUGCUGAUAGAAACUGGUCAUAUAUUUACCAUUUCGUUCUACCUGAGAUUAGUGAUGUGCAGACAUUAACAAAGAGUUGGAAUUGGGACAAGAUUGUCUUCAGGGGUGCAACGCUCAUAUAGGGGACGUAGUAUACUUUAUAAAUCCGGUGAUGAAAGUAGUUUUCAUUGAAAAAUAGGUGAUGGAAAGGAAAUAGAACUCUACUCAAUAUGCUGUUGAUACUAUGAAAGAACAUGGAGGCAGGAAAUGUGGUACUGAUGACUACCUAAUUUAGAAUAUACCAGUAGGUGGCCAACGGGUGAGUGAUGGACUAUAGAGGCCAGACUCAGGAAAUGAAGUGUAAUAACUUG